AUGGCUGCCGUCGCCGCAUCGCUCGCGCCCCUCGCGUCCUGCGCCGUUCCGUCGCGGUGCAGCCUGAGGCAGGGCAGCUCGGCGCGCUCUGCUGAAGCAAAGGCACUGGUCCACGUGUCGCACAUCAACAGGCUCAGGGUGUCGCACGCGAUCAGUCGGUCGCAGAGCCAGUCUCGUCGCACAUCGCUCACUGUCAGGGCCGCAGGUAGCAGCAGUAGUCUGAGCGAGAGCAGCAGCGAUGCGGAUUCUGAUUCGUCGUCAGGUGAUCGCAAGAAGCGUGAGCGGCGGCGGGAGAAGCGGGAGAAGCGGGAGAAGCGGGGAAAGGAGAAGGAGAAGCGAAGAAAGAAGGAAGGAGGGAGGGAGCACGAAGAGGAUAAUGGGUCGGCAGAGGACCGGUUGGAGCGGGAUUUGCGGCGGAUGAUGCGGGAGUUCCCGUUGGACGUGUCGCACGACCUCGUGCGCCUCCUCGAGCGCGUCGACGGCGGUGAGGCGGUCGACGUUGGCGGCAUCCCGGACCGCCGCCUCAAGAAGCUUCUCGGAAGCAUCUUCCGCUCGCUGGGGAUAGAUUCCCAAGGCAAGAGCAAAGGCCGAGGCGGUAAGAGCAAGCGCGCCUCGUCGUCCUCGCGCGCUUCGUUGUACCAGCUUCCCAGCGCGGCCCCGCGAUGCCUGCCACGUGUCGUGCCGCUAGUGGCCAAGCUGCUGCAGAAUCUUCCAGAUCCCGAAUCUGCUGCUGCUGCUGCUGGGGCUGAAAAAGGUGGCGGUAGGGGGAAGGGGGAAGAGCGCGGAGAGGGGAGGGAAGGCGGAAGCGACCUGGCGGAAGGGGGAGGAAGGGGAGGCGACGAAGCGGCAGUGCCCUCCCUCCACACUGCCCCCCCUCCCUCCACACCGCCCUCCCUCCCUCCACACCGCCCCCCCUCCCUCCAAACCAACCACCCCCCACCCUCCAAACCAACCACCCCCCACCCUCCCGCCCCCAACUCCCCCCAACUCUUCCUCCCCCCCUUCCGCCCUCCCCUUAGGAGCAUGGGCCCCGCCAUGCCCACAGCAGCGCAGCUGGUGCCCCACCAUGCUCUCCCCCAAAUCAUCCCAUCUCUCCCCACUUCCCCAUCCCCCUCUCUUGAUGUCCCCGGCACCAGCAUGGGCCCGGCCAUGCCCACGGCAGCGCAGCUGGUCUUCCCAGUCCUCACAUGUUGCCCGCCUUUAUCCCCCAAAUUCCCCCUCUUUUCCCCCCUCCCCCGGUACCAGCAUGGGCCCCGCCAUGCCCACGGCAGCGCAGCUGGCCGCUGCAGCGUCGCUCACCCGCGCCGUGGAGGAGAUGGAGUGAGUGGUGGGGGAGGGGGAUGCAGUGAGAGGGGGGAGCGGUGGGGAGAGGGAGGAGGGGUGGGGGAUGGGGGUUGGGCGUGGGUGCACCUGGCUGCUGCAGCGUCGCUCACGCGCGCCGUGGAGGAGAUGGAGGGCCCCACCAUACCCACCGCAGCACUGCUGGCGGCUGCAGCGUCGCUCACGCGCGCCGUGGAGGAGAUGGAGGAGGCGGAGCAGGCGCUGCAAGAGAGCCCGUUUGUGGGCCCCAUGCCGCCCGCCCUGGCUGCUGAGGCACCUGCACCCCCAACAACCAACGACCAGCGCUGCCCCUAUCCUCCACCCACCGUGUUCCCCCCCCAUUCACUGCAGGGAGGCGGAGCAGGCGCUACAGGAGAGCCCAUUUGUGCUUCACUGCGAUCAUGCCUCCCCUCCUGCUCUCCUGCACGCGUGCUCACCUGCUCUCCUGCACGCGUGCUCACCUGCUCUCCUGCACGCGUGCUCACCUGCUCUCCUGCACGCGUGCUCACCUGCUCUCCUGCACGCGUGCUCACCUGCUCUCCUGCACGCGUGCUCACCUGCUCUCCUGCACGCGUGCUCACCUGCUCUCCUGCACGCGUGCUCACCUGCUCUCCUGCACGCGUGCUCACCUGCUCUCCUGCACGCGUGCUCACCUGCUCUCCUGCACGCGUGCUCACCUGCUCUCCUGCACGCGUGCUCACCUGCUCUCCUGCACGCGUGCUCACCUGCUCUCCUGCACGCGUGCUCACCUGCUCUCCUGCACGCGUGCUCACCUGCUCUCCUGCACGCGUGCUCACCUGCUCUCCUGCACGCGUGCUCACCUGCUCUCCUGCACGCGUGCUCACCUGCUCUCCUGCACGCGUGCUCACCUGCUCUCCUGCACGCGUGCUCACCUGCUCUCCUGCACGCGUGCUCACCUGCUCUCCUGCACGCGUGCUCACCUGCUCUCCUACACGCGUGCUCACCUGCUCUCCUACACGCGUGCUCACCUGCUCUCCUGCACGCGUGCUCACCUGCUCUCCUGCACGCGUGCUCACCUGCUCUCCUGCACGCGUGCUCACCUGCUCUCCUGCACGCGUGCUCACCUGCUCUCCUGCACGCGUGCUCACCUGCUCUCCUGCACGCGUGCUCACCUGCUCUCCUGCACGCGUGCUCACCUGCUCUCCUGCACGCGUGCUCACCUGCUCUCCUGCACGCGUGCUCACCUGCUCUCCUGCACGCGUGCUCACCUGCUCUCCUGCACGCGUGCUCACCUGCUCUCCUGCACGCGUGCUCACCUGCUCUCCUGCACGCGUGCUCACCUGCUCUCCUGCACGCGUGCUCACCUGCUCUCCUGCACGCGUGCUCACCUGCUCUCCUGCACGCGUGCUCACCUGCUCUCCUGCACGCGUGCUCACCUGCUCUCCUGCACGCGUGCUCACCUGCUCUCCUGCACGCGUGCUCACCUGCUCUCCUGCACGCGUGCUCACCUGCUCUCCUGCACGCGUGCUCACCUGCUCUCCUGCACGCGUGCUCACCUGCUCUCCUGCACGCGUGCUCACCUGCUCUCCUGCACGCGUGCUCACCUGCUCUCCUGCACGCGUGCUCACCUGCUCUCCUGCACGCGUGCUCACCUGCUCUCCUGCACGCGUGCUCACCUGCUCUCCUGCACGCGUGCUCACCUGCUCUCCUGCACGCGUGCUCACCUGCUCUCCUGCACGCGUGCUCACCUGCUCUCCUGCACGCGUGCUCACCUGCUCUCCUGCACGCGUGCUCACCUGCUCUCCUGCACGCGUGCUCACCUGCUCUCCUGCACGCGUGCUCACCUGCUCUCCUGCACCUCCCUCUCCUGCACGCGUGCUCACCUGCCUCUCCUGCACGCGUGCUCACCUGCUCUCCUGCACGCGUGCUCACCUGCUUCUCCUGCACGCGUGCUCACCUGCUCUCCUGCACGCGUGCUCACCUGCUCUCCUGCACGCGUGCUCACCUGCUCUCCUGCACGCGUGCUCACCUGCUCUCCUGCACGCGUGCUCACCUGCUCUCCUGCACGCGUGCUCACCUGCUCUCCUGCACGCGUGCUCACCUGCUCUCUCCUACACGCGUGCUCCACCUGCUCUCCUGCACGCGUGCUCACCUGCUCUCCUACACGCGUGCUCACCUGCUCUCCUGCACGCCGCGUGCUCACCCUGCUCUCCUACACGCGUGCUCACCUGCUCUCCUGCACGCGUGCUCACCUGCUCUCCUGCACGCGUGCUCACCUGCUCUCCUGCACGCGUGCUCACCUGCUCUCCUGCACGCGUGCUCACCUGCUCUCCUGCACGCGUGCUCACCUGCUCUCCUGCACGCGUGCUCACCUGCUCUCCUGCACGCGUGCUCACCUGCUCUCCUGCACGCGUGCUCACCUGCUCUCCUGCACGCGUGCUCACCUGCUCUCCUGCACGCGUGCUCACCUGCUCUCCUGCACGCGUGCUCACCUGCUCUCCUGCACGCGUGCUCACCUGCUCUCCUACACGCGUGCUCACCUGCUCUCCUGCACGCCCCCGUGCUCACCUGCUCUCCUGCACGCGUGCUCACCUGCUCUCCUGCACGCGUGCUCACCUGCUCUCCUGCACGCGUGCUCACCUGCUCUCCUGCACGCGUGCUCACCUGCUCUCCUGCACGCGUGCUCACCUGCUCUCCUGCACGCGUGCUCACCUGCUCUCCUGCACGCGUGCUCACCUGCUCUCCUGCACGCGUGCUCACCUGCUCUCCUGCACGCGUGCUCACCUGCUCUCCUGCACGCGUGCUCACCUGCUCUCCUCACGCGUGCUCACCUGCUCUCCUGCACGCGUGCUCACCUGCUCUCCUGCACGCGUGCUCACCUGCUCUCCUGCACGCGUGCUCACCUGCUCUCCUGCACGCGUGCUCACCUGCUCUCCUGCACGCGUGCUCACCUGCUCUCCUGCACGCGUGCUCACCUGCUCUCCUGCACGCGUGCUCACCUGCUCUCCUGCACGCGUGCUCACCUGCUCUCCUGCACGCGUGCUCACCUGCUCUCCUGCACGCGUGCUCACCUGCUCUCCUGCACGCGUGCUCACCUGCUCUCCUGCACGCGUGCUCACCUGCUCUCCUGCACGCGUGCUCACCUGCUCUCCUGCACGCGUGCUCACCUGCUCUCCUACACGCGUGCUCACCUGCUCUCCUGCACGCGUGCUCACCUGCUCUCCUGCACGCGUGCUCACCUGCUCUCCUGCACGCGUGCUCACCUGCUCUCCUGCACGCGUGCUCACCUGCUCUCCUGCACGCGUGCUCACCUGCUCUCCUGCACGCGUGCUCACCUGCUCUCCUGCACGCGUGCUCACCUGCUCUCCUGCACGCGUGCUCACCUGCUCUCCUGCACGCGUGCUCACCUGCUCUCCUGCACGCGUGCUCACCUGCUCUCCUGCACGCGUGCUCACCUGCUCUCCUGCACGCGUGCUCACCUGCUCUCCUGCACGCGUGCUCACCUGCUCUCCUGCACGCGUGCUCACCUGCUCUCCUGCACGCGUGCUCACCUGCUCUCCUGCACGCGUGCUCACCUGCUCUCCUGCACGCGUGCUCACCUGCUCUCCUGCACGCGUGCUCACCUGCUCUCCUGCACGCCACGCGUGCUCACCUGCUCUCCUGCACGCGUGCUCACCUGCUCUCCUGCACGCGUGCUCACCUGCUCUCCUGCACGCGUGCUCACCUGCUCUCCUGCACGCGUGCUCACCUGCUCUCCUGCACGCGUGCUCACCUGCUCUCCUGCACGCGUGCUCACCUGCUCUCCUGCACGCGUGCUCACCUGCUCUCCUGCACGCGUGCUCACCUGCUCUCCUGCACGCGUGCUCACCUGCUCUCCUGCACGCGUGCUCACCUGCUCUCCUGCACGCGUGCUCACCUGCUCUCCUGCACGCGUGCUCACCUGCUCUCCUGCACGCGUGCUCACCUGCUCUCCUGCACGCGUGCUCACCUGCUCUCCUGCACGCGUGCUCACCUGCUCUCCUGCACGCGUGCUCACCUGCUCUCCUGCACGCGUGCUCACCUGCUCUCCUACACGCGUGCUCACCUGCUCUCCUGCACGCGUGCUCACCUGCUCUCCUGCACGCGUGCUCACCUGCUCUCCUGCACGCGUGCUCACCUGCUCUCGCUGCACGCGUGCUCACCUGCUCUCCUGCACGCGUGCUCACCUGCUCUCCUGCACGCGUGCUCACCUGCUCUCCUGCACGCGUGCUCACCUGCUCUCCUGCACGCGUGCUCACCUGCUCUCCUGCACGCGUGCUCACCUGCUCUCCUGCACGCGUGCUCACCUGCUCUCCUGCACGCGUGCUCACCUGCUCUCCUGCACGCGUGCUCACCUGCUCUCCUGCACGCGUGCUCACCUGCUCUCCUGCACGCGUGCUCACCUGCUCUCCUGCACGCGUGCUCACCUGCUCUCCUGCACGCGUGCUCACCUGCUCUCCUGCACGCGUGCUCACCUGCUCUCCUGCACGCGUGCUCACCUGCUCUCCUGCACCUGCACGCGUGCUCACCUGCUCUCCUGCACGCGUGCUCACCUGCUCUCCUGCACGCGUGCUCACCUGCUCUCCUGCACGCGUGCUCACCUGCUCUCCUGCACGCGUGCUCACCUGCUCUCCUGCACGCGUGCUCACCUGCUCUCCUGCACGCGUGCUCACCUGCUCUCCUGCACGCGUGCUCACCUGCUCUCCUGCACGCGUGCUCACCUGCUCUCCUGCACGCGUGCUCACCUGCUCUCCUGCACGCGUGCUCACCUGCUCUCCUGCACGCGUGCUCACCUGCUCUCCUGCACGCGUGCUCACCUGCUCUCCUGCACGCGUGCUCACCUGCUCUCCUGCACGCGUGCUCACCUGCUCUCCUGCACGCGUGCUCACCUGCUCUCCUGCACGCGUGCUCACCUGCUCUCCUGCACGCGUGCUCACCUGCUCUCCUGCACGCGUGCUCACCUGCUCUCCUGCACGCGUGCUCACCUGCUCUCCUGCACGCGUGCUCACCUGCUCUCCUGCACGCGUGCUCACCUGCUCUCCUGCACGCGUGCUCACCUGCUCUCCUGCACGCGUGCUCACCUGCUCUCCUGCACGCGUGCUCACCUGCUCUCCUGCACGCGUUGCUCACCUGCUCUCCUGCACGCGUGCUCACCUGCUCUCCUGCACGCGUGCUCACCUGCUCUCCUGCACGCGUGCUCACCUGCUCUCCUGCACGCGUGCUCACCUGCUCUCCUGCACGCGUGCUCACCUGCUCUCCUGCACGCGUGCUCACCUGCUCUCCUGCACGCGUGCUCACCUGCUCUCCUGCACGCGUGCUCACCUGCUCUCCUGCACGCGUGCUCACCUGCUCUCCUGCACGCGUGCUCACCUGCUCUCCUGCACGCGUGCUCACCUGCUCUCCUGCACGCGUGCUCACCUGCUCUCCUGCACGCGUGCUCACCUGCUCUCCUGCACGCGUGCUCACCUGCUCUCCUGCACGCGUGCUCACCUGCUCUCCUGCACGCGUGCUCAACCUGCUCUCCUGCACGCGUGCUCACCUGCUCUCCUGCACGCGUGCUCACCUGCUCUCCUGCACGCGUGCUCACCUGCUCUCCUGCACGCGUGCUCACCUGCUCUCCUGCACGCGUGCUCACCUGCUCUCCUGCACGCGUGCUCACCUGCUCUCCUGCACGCGUGCUCACCUGCUCUCCUGCACGCGUGCUCACCUGCUCUCCUGCACGCGUGCUCACCUGCUCUCCUGCACGCGUGCUCACCUGCUCUCCUGCACGCGUGCUCACCUGCUCUCCUGCACGCGUGCUCACCUGCUCUCCUGCACGCGUGCUCACCUGCUCUCCUACACGCGUGCUCACCUGCUCUCCUACACGCGUGCUCACCUGCUCUCCUACACGCGUGCCUCACCUGCUCUCCUACACGCGUGCUCACCUGCUCUCCUACACGCGUGCUCACCUGCUCUCCUACACGCGUGCUCACCUGCUCUCCUACACGCGUGCUCACCUGCUCUCCUACACGCGUGCUCACCUGCUCUCCUACACGCGUGCUCACCUGCUCUCCUACACGCGUGCUCACCUGCUCUCCUACACGCGUGCUCACCUGCUCUCCUACACGCGUGCUCACCUGCUCUCCUACACGCGUGCUCACCUGCUCUCCUACACGCGUGCUCACCUGCUCUCCUACACGCGUGCUCACCUGCUCUCCUACACGCGUGCUCACCUGCUCUCCUACACGCGUGCUCACCUGCUCUCCUACACGCGUGCUCACCUGCUCUCCUACACGCGUGCUCACCUGCUCUCCUGCACGCGUGCUCACCUGCUCUCCUGCACGCGUGCUCACCUGCUCUCCUGCACGCGUGCUCACCUGCUCUCCUGCACGCGUGCUCACCUGCUCUCCUGCACGCGUGCUCACCUGCUCUCCUGCACGCGUGCUCACCUGCUCUCCUGCACGCGUGCUCACCUGCUCUCCUGCACGCGUGCUCACCUGCUCUCCUGCACGCGUGCUCACCUGCUCUCCUGCACGCGUGCUCACCUGCUCUCCUGCACGCGUGCUCACCUGCUCUCCUGCACGCGUGCUCACCUGCUCUCCUGCACGCGUGCUCACCUGCUCUCCUGCACGCGUGCUCACCUGCUCUCCUGCACGCGUGCUCACCUGCUCUCCUGCACGCGUGCUCACCUGCUCUCCUGCACGCGUGCUCACCUGCUCUCCUGCACGCGUGCUCACCUGCUCUCCUGCACGCGUGCUCACCUGCUCUCCUGCACGCGUGCUCACCUGCUCUCCUGCACGCGUGCUCACCUGCUCUCCUGCACGCGUGCUCACCUGCUCUCCUGCACGCGUGCUCACCUGCUCUCCUGCACGCGUGCUCACCUGCUCUCCUGCACGCGUGCUCACCUGCUCUCCUGCACGCGUGCUCACCUGCUCUCCUGCACGCGUGCUCACCUGCUCUCCUGCACGCGUGCUCACCUGCUCUCCUGCACGCGUGCUCACCUGCUCUCCUGCACGCGUGCUCACCUGCUCUCCUGCACGCGUGCUCACCUGCUCUCCUGCACGCGUGCUCACCUGCUCUCCUGCACGCGUGCUCACCUGCUCUCCUGCACGCGUGCUCACCUGCUCUCCUGCACGCGUGCUCACCUGCUCUCCUGCACGCGUGCUCACCUGCUCUCCUGCACGCGUGCUCACCUGCUCUCCUGCACGCGUGCUCACCUGCUCUCCUGCACGCGUGCUCACCUGCUCUCCUGCACGCGUGCUCACCUGCUCUCCUGCACGCGUGCUCACCUGCUCUCCUGCACGCGUGCUCACCUGCUCUCCUGCACGCGUGCUCACCUGCUCUCCUGCACGCGUGCUCACCUGCUCUCCUGCACGCGUGCUCACCUGCUCUCCUGCACGCGUGCUCACCUGCUCUCCUGCACGCGUGCUCACCUGCUCUCCUGCACGCGUGCUCACCUGCUCUCCUGCACGCGUGCUCACCUGCUCUCCUGCACGCGUGCUCACCUGCUCUCCUGCACGCGUGCUCACCUGCUCUCCUGCACGCGUGCUCACCUGCUCUCCUGCACGCGUGCUCACCUGCUCUCCUGCACGCGUGCUCACCUGCUCUCCUGCACGCGUGCUCACCUGCUCUCCUGCACGCGUGCUCACCUGCUCUCCUGCACGCGUGCUCACCUGCUCUCCUGCACGCGUGCUCACCUGCUCUCCUGCACGCGUGCUCACCUGCUCUCCUGCACGCGUGCUCACCUGCUGCUCUCCUGCACGCGUGCUCACCUGCUCUCCUGCACGCGUGCUCACCUGCUCUCCUGCACGCGUGCUCACCUGCUCUCCUGCACGCGUGCUCACCUGCUCUCCUGCACGCGUGCUCACCUGCUCUCCUGCACGCGUGCUCACCUGCUCUCCUGCACGCGUGCUCACCUGCUCUCCUGCACGCGUGCUCACCUGCUCUCCUGCACGCGUGCUCACCUGCUCUCCUGCACGCGUGCUCACCUGCUCUCCUGCACGCGUGCUCACCUGCUCUCCUGCACGCGUGCUCACCUGCUCUCCUGCACGCGUGCUCACCUGCUCUCCUGCACGCGUGCUCACCUGCUCUCCUGCACGCGUGCUCACCUGCUCUCCUGCACGCGUGCUCACCUGCUCUCCUGCACGCGUGCUCACCUGCUCUCCUGCACGCGUGCUCACCUGCUCUCCUACACGCGUGCUCACCUGCUCUCCUACACGCGUGCUCACCUGCUCUCCUACACGCGUGCUCACCUGCUCUCCUACACGCGUGCUCACCUGCUCUCCUACACGCGUGCUCACCUGCUCUCCUACACGCGUGCUCACCUGCUCUCCUACACGCGUGCUCACCUGCUCUCCUACACGCGUGCUCACCUGCUCUCCUACACGCGUGCUCACCUGCUCUCCUACACGCGUGCUCACCUGCUCUCCUACACGCGUGCUCACCUGCUCUCCUACACGCGUGCUCACCUGCUCUCCUACACGCGUGCUCACCUGCUCUCCUACACGCGUGCUCACCUGCUCUCCUACACGCGUGCUCACCUGCUCUCCUACACGCGUGCUCACCUGCUCUCCUACACGCGUGCUCACCUGCUCUCCUACACGCGUGCUCACCCUGCUCUCCUACACGCCACGCGUGCUCACCUGCUCUCCUGCACGCGUGCUCACCUGCUCUCCUGCACGCGUGCUCACCUGCUCUCCUGCACGCGUGCUCACCUGCUCUCCUGCACGCGUGCUCACCUGCUCUCCUGCACGCGUGCUCACCUGCUCUCCUGCACGCGUGCUCACCUGCUCUCCUGCACGCGUGCUCACCUGCUCUCCUGCACGCGUGCUCACCUGCUCUCCUGCACGCGUGCUCACCUGCUCUCCUGCACGCGUGCUCACCUGCUCUCCUGCACGCGUGCUCACCUGCUCUCCUGCACGCGUGCUCACCUGCUCUCCUACACGCGUGCUCACCUGCUCUCCUGCACGCGUGCUCACCUGCUCUCCUGCACGCGUGCUCACCUGCUCUCCUGCACGCGUGCUCACCUGCUCUCCUGCACGCGUGCUCACCUGCUCUCCUGCACGCGUGCUCACCUGCUCUCCUGCACGCGUGCUCACCUGCUCUCCUGCACGCGUGCUCACCUGCUCUCCUGCACGCGUGCUCACCUGCUCUCCUGCACGCGUGCUCACCUGCUCUCCUGCACGCGUGCUCACCUGCUCUCCUGCACGCGUGCACUGCUUCCUACGCGUGCUCACCUGCUCUCCUGCACGCGUGCUCACCUGCUCUCCUACACGCGUGCUCACCUGCUCUCCUACACGCGUGCUCACCUGCUCUCCUACACGCGUGCUCACCUGCUCUCCUACACGCGUGCUCACCUGCUCUCCUACACGCGUGCUCACCUGCUCUCCUACACGCGUGCUCACCUGCUCUCCUACACGCGUGCUCACCUGCUCUCCUACACGCGUGCUCACCUGCUCUCCUACACGCGUGCUCACCUGCUCUCCUACACGCGUGCUCACCUGCUCUCCUACACGCGUGCUCACCUGCUCUCCUACACGCGUGCUCACCUGCUCUCCUACACGCGUGCUCACCUGCUCUCCUACACGCGUGCUCACCUGCUCUCCUGCACGCGUGCUCACCUGCUCUCCUACACGCGUGCUCACCUGCUCUCCUACACGCGUGCUCACCUGCUCUCCUACACGCGUGCUCACCUGCUCUCCUGCACGCGUGCUCACCUGCUCUCCUGCACGCGUGCUCACCUGCUCUCCUGCACGCGUGCUCACCUGCUCUCCUGCACGCGUGCUCACCUGCUCUCCUGCACGCGUGCUCACCUGCUCUCCUGCACGCGUGCUCACCUGCUCUCCUGCACGCGUGCUCACCUGCUCUCCUGCACGCGUGCUCACCUGCUCUCCUGCACGCGUGCUCACCUGCUCUCCUGCACGCGUGCUCACCUGCUCUCCUGCACGCGUGCUCACCUGCUCUCCUGCACGCGUGCUCACCUGCUCUCCUGCACGCGUGCUCACCUGCUCUCCUGCACGCGUGCUCACCUGCUCUCCUGCACGCGUGCUCACCUGCUCUCCUGCACGCGUGCUCACCUGCUCUCCUGCACGCGUGCUCACCUGCUCUCCUGCACGCGUGCUCACCUGCUCUCCUGCACGCGUGCUCACCUGCUCUCCUGCACGCGUGCUCACCUGCUCUCCUGCACGCGUGCUCACCUGCUCUCCUGCACGCGUGCUCACCUGCUCUCCUGCACGCGUGCUCACCUGCUCUCCUGCACGCGUGCUCACCUGCUCUCCUGCACGCGUGCUCACCUGCUCUCCUGCACGCGUGCUCACCUGCUCUCCUGCACGCGUGCUCACCUGCUCUCCUGCACGCGUGCUCACCUGCUCUCCUGCACGCGUGCUCACCUGCUCUCCUGCACGCGUGCUCACCUGCUCUCCUGCACGCGUGCUCACCUGCUCUCCUGCACGCGUGCUCACCUGCUCUCCUGCACGCGUGCUCACCUGCUCUCCUGCACGCGUGCUCACCUGCUCUCCUGCACGCGUGCUCACCUGCUCUCCUGCACGCGUGCUCACCUGCUCUCCUGCACGCGUGCUCACCUGCUCUCCUGCACGCGUGCUCACCUGCUCUCCUGCACGCGUGCUCACCUGCUCUCCUGCACGCGUGCUCACCUGCUCUCCUGCACGCGUGCUCACCUGCUCUCCUGCACGCGUGCUCACCUGCUCUCCUGCACGCGUGCUCACCUGCUCUCCUGCACGCGUGCUCACCUGCUCUCCUGCACGCGUGCUCACCUGCUCUCCUGCACGCGUGCUCACCUGCUCUCCUGCACGCGUGCUCACCUGCUCUCCUGCACGCGUGCUCACCUGCUCUCCUGCACGCGUGCUCACCUGCUCUCCUGCACGCGUGCUCACCUGCUCUCCUGCACGCGUGCUCACCUGCUCUCCUGCACGCGUGCUCACCUGCUCUCCUGCACGCGUGCUCACCUGCUCUCCUGCACGCGUGCUCACCUGCUCUCCUGCACGCGUGCUCACCUGCUCUCCUGCACGCGUGCUCACCUGCUCUCCUGCACGCGUGCUCACCUGCUCUCCUGCACGCGUGCUCACCUGCUCUCCUGCACGCGUGCUCACCUGCUCUCCUGCACGCGUGCUCACCUGCUCUCCUGCACGCGUGCUCACCUGCUCUCCUGCACGCGUGCUCACCUGCUCUCCUGCACGCGUGCUCACCUGCUCUCCUGCACGCGUGCUCACCUGCUCUCCUGCACGCGUGCUCACCUGCUCUCCUGCACGCGUGCUCACCUGCUCUCCUGCACGCGUGCUCACCUGCUCUCCUGCACGCGUGCUCACCUGCUCUCCUACACGCGUGCUCACCUGCUCUCCUACACGCGUGCUCACCUGCUCUCCUACACGCGUGCUCACCUGCUCUCCUACACGCGUGCUCACCUGCUCUCCUACACGCGUGCUCACCUGCUCUCCUACACGCGUGCUCACCUGCUCUCCUACACGCGUGCUCACCUGCUCUCCUACACGCGUGCUCACCUGCUCUCCUACACGCGUGCUCACCUGCUCUCCUACACGCGUGCUCACCUGCUCUCCUACACGCGUGCUCACCUGCUCUCCUACACGCGUGCUCACCUGCUCUCCUACACGCGUGCUCACCUGCUCUCCUACACGCGUGCUCACCUGCUCUCCUACACGCGUGCUCACCUGCUCUCCUACACGCGUGCUCACCUGCUCUCCUACACGCGUGCUCACCUGCUCUCCUACACGCGUGCUCACCUGCUCUCCUACACGCGUGCUCACCUGCUCUCCUACACGCGUGCUCACCUGCUCUCCUGCACGCGUGCUCACCUGCUCUCCUGCACGCGUGCUCACCUGCUCUCCUGCACGCGUGCUCACCUGCUCUCCUGCACGCGUGCUCACCUGCUCUCCUGCACGCGUGCUCACCUGCUCUCCUGCACGCGUGCUCACCUGCUCUCCUGCACGCGUGCUCACCUGCUCUCCUGCACGCGUGCUCACCUGCUCUCCUGCACGCGUGCUCACCUGCUCUCCUGCACGCGUGCUCACCUGCUCUCCUGCACGCGUGCUCACCUGCUCUCCUGCACGCGUGCUCACCUGCUCUCCUGCACGCGUGCUCACCUGCUCUCCUGCACGCGUGCUCACCUGCUCUCCUGCACGCGUGCUCACCUGCUCUCCUGCACGCGUGCUCACCUGCUCUCCUGCACGCGUGCUCACCUGCUCUCCUGCACGCGUGCUCACCUGCUCUCCUGCACGCGUGCUCACCUGCUCUCCUGCACGCGUGCUCACCUGCUCUCCUGCACGCGUGCUCACCUGCUCUCCUGCACGCGUGCUCACCUGCUCUCCUGCACGCGUGCUCACCUGCUCUCCUGCACGCGUGCUCACCUGCUCUCCUGCACGCGUGCUCACCUGCUCUCCUGCACGCGUGCUCACCUGCUCUCCUGCACGCGUGCUCACCUGCCUCUCCUGCACGCGUGCUCACCUGCUCUCCUGCACGCGUGCUCACCUGCUCUCCUGCACGCGUGCUCACCUGCUCUCCUGCACGCGUGCUCACCUGCUCUCCUGCACGCGUGCUCACCUGCUCUCCUGCACGCGUGCUCACCUGCUCUCCUCUCCUGCACGCGUGCUCACCUGCUCUCCUGCACGCGUGCUCACCUGCUCUCCUGCACGCGUGCUCACCUGCUCUCCUGCACGCGUGCUCACCUGCUCUCCUGCACGCGUGCUCACCUGCUCUCCUGCACGCGUGCUCACCUGCUCUCCUGCACGCGUGCUCACCUGCUCUCCUGCACGCGUGCUCACCUGCUCUCCUGCACGCGUGCUCACCUGCUCUCCUGCACGCGUGGCUCACCUGCUCUCCUGCACGCGUGCUCACCUGCUCUCCUGCACGCGUGCUCACCUGCUCUCCUGCACGCGUGCUCACCUGCUCUCCUGCACGCGUGCUCACCUGCUCUCCUGCACGCGUGCUCACCUGCUCUCCUGCACGCGUGCUCACCUGCUCUCCUACACGCGUGCUCACCUGCUCUCCUACACGCGUGCUCACCUGCUCUCCUACACGCGUGCUCACCUGCUCUCCUACACGCGUGCUCACCUGCUCUCCUACACGCGUGCUCACCUGCUCUCCUACACGCGUGCUCACCUGCUCUCCUACACGCGUGCUCACCUGCUCUCCUACACGCGUGCUCACCUGCUCUCCUACACGCGUGCUCACCUGCUCUCCUACACGCGUGCUCACCUGCUCUCCUACACGCGUGCUCACCUGCUCUCCUACACGCGUGCUCACCUGCUCUCCUACACGCGUGCUCACCUGCUCUCCUACACGCGUGCUCACCUGCUCUCCUACACGCGUGCUCACCUGCUCUCCUACACGCGUGCUCACCUGCUCUCCUGCACGCGUGCUCACCUGCUCUCCUACACGCGUGCUCACCUGCUCUCCUACACGCGUGCUCACCUGCUCUCCUACACGCGUGCUCACCUGCUCUCCUGCACGCGUGCUCACCUGCUCUCCUACACGCGUGCUCACCUGCUCUCCUACACGCGUGCUCACCUGCUCUCCUACACGCGUGCUCACCUGCUCUCCUACACGCGUGCUCACCUGCUCUCCUACACGCGUGCUCACCUGCUCUCCUGCACGCGUGCUCACCUGCUCUCCUGCACGCGUGCUCACCUGCUCUCCUGCACGCGUGCUCACCUGCUCUCCUGCACGCGUGCUCACCUGCUCUCCUGCACGCGUGCUCACCUGCUCUCCUGCACGCGUGCUCACCUGCUCUCCUGCACGCGUGCUCACCUGCUCUCCUGCACGCGUGCUCACCUGCUCUCCUGCACGCGUGCUCACCUGCUCUCCUGCACGCGUGCUCACCUGCUCUCCUGCACGCGUGCUCACCUGCUCUCCUGCACGCGUGCUCACCUGCUCUCCUGCACGCGUGCUCACCUGCUCUCCUGCACGCGUGCUCACCUGCUCUCCUGCACGCGUGCUCACCUGCUCUCCUGCACGCGUGCUCACCUGCUCUCCUGCACGCGUGCUCACCUGCUCUCCUGCACGCGUGCUCACCUGCUCUCCUGCACGCGUGCUCACCUGCUCUCCUGCACGCGUGCUCACCUGCUCUCCUGCACGCGUGCUCACCUGCUCUCCUACACGCGUGCUCACCUGCUCUCCUACACGCGUGCUCACCUGCUCUCCUACACGCGUGCUCACCUGCUCUCCUACACGCGUGCUCACCUGCUCUCCUACACGCGUGCUCACCUGCUCUCCUACACGCGUGCUCACCUGCUCUCCUACACGCGUGCUCACCUGCUCUCCUACACGCGUGCUCACCUGCUCUCCUACACGCGUGCUCACCUGCUCUCCUACACGCGUGCUCACCUGCUCUCCUACACGCGUGCUCACCUGCUCUCCUACACGCGUGCUCACCUGCUCUCCUACACGCGUGCUCACCUGCUCUCCUACACGCGUGCUCACCUGCUCUCCUACACGCGUGCUCACCUGCUCUCCUACACGCGUGCUCACCUGCUCUCCUACACGCGUGCUCACCUGCUCUCCUGCACGCGUGCUCACCUGCUCUCCUACACGCGUGCUCACCUGCUCUCCUACACGCGUGCUCACCUGCUCUCCUACACGCGUGCUCACCUGCUCUCCUGCACGCGUGCUCACCUGCUCUCCUACACGCGUGCUCACCUGCUCUCCUACACGCGUGCUCACCUGCUCUCCUACACGCGUGCUCACCUGCUCUCCUACACGCGUGCUCACCUGCUCUCCUACACGCGUGCUCACCUGCUCUCCUACACGCGUGCUCACCUGCUCUCCUACACGCGUGCUCACCUGCUCUCCUACACGCGUGCUCACCUGCUCUCCUACACGCGUGCUCACCUGCUCUCCUACACGCGUGCUCACCUGCUCUCCUACACGCGUGCUCACCUGCUCUCCUACACGCGUGCUCACCUGCUCUCCUACACGCGUGCUCACCUGCUCUCCUACACGCGUGCUCACCUGCUCUCCUGCACGCGUGCUCACCUGCUCUCCUGCACGCGUGCUCACCUGCUCUCCUACACGCGUGCUCACCUGCUCUCCUGCACGCGUGCUCACCUGCUCUCCUGCACGCGUGCUCACCUGCUCUCCUGCACGCGUGCUCACCUGCUCUCCUGCACGCGUGCUCACCUGCUCUCCUGCACGCGUGCUCACCUGCUCUCCUGCACGCGUGCUCACCUGCUCUCCUGCACGCGUGCUCACCUGCUCUCCUGCACGCGUGCUCACCUGCUCUCCUGCACGCGUGCUCACCUGCUCUCCUGCACGCGUGCUCACCUGCUCUCCUGCACGCGUGCUCACCUGCUCUCCUGCACGCGUGCUCACCUGCUCUCCUGCACGCGUGCUCACCUGCUCUCCUGCACGCGUGCUCACCUGCUCUCCUACACGCGUGCUCACCUGCUCUCCUACACGCGUGCUCACCUGCUCUCCUACACGCGUGCUCACCUGCUCUCCUACACGCGUGCUCACCUGCUCUCCUACACGCGUGCUCACCUGCUCUCCUACACGCGUGCUCACCUGCUCUCCUACACGCGUGCUCACCUGCUCUCCUACACGCGUGCUCACCUGCUCUCCUACACGCGUGCUCACCUGCUCUCCUACACGCGUGCUCACCUGCUCUCCUACACGCGUGCUCACCUGCUCUCCUACACGCGUGCUCACCUGCUCUCCUACACGCGUGCUCACCUGCUCUCCUGCACGCGUGCUCACCUGCUCUCCUGCACGCGUGCUCACCUGCUCUCCUACACGCGUGCUCACCUGCUCUCCUGCACGCGUGCUCACCUGCUCUCCUGCACGCGUGCUCACCUGCUCUCCUGCACGCGUGCUCACCUGCUCUCCUGCACGCGUGCUCACCUGCUCUCCUACACGCGUGCUCACCUGCUCUCCUGCACGCGUGCUCACCUGCUCUCCUGCACGCGUGCUCACCUGCUCUCCUGCACGCGUGCUCACCUGCUCUCCUGCACGCGUGCUCACCUGCUCUCCUGCACGCGUGCUCACCUGCUCUCCUGCACGCGUGCUCACCUGCUCUCCUACACGCGUGCUCACCUGCUCUCCUACACGCGUGCUCACCUGCUCUCCUACACGCGUGCUCACCUGCUCUCCUACACGCGUGCUCACCUGCUCUCCUACACGCGUGCUCACCUGCUCUCCUACACGCGUGCUCACCUGCUCUCCUGCACGCGUGCUCACCUGCUCUCCUGCACGCGUGCUCACCUGCUCUCCUACACGCGUGCUCACCUGCUCUCCUGCACGCGUGCUCACCUGCUCUCCUGCACGCGUGCUCACCUGCUCUCCUGCACGCGUGCUCACCUGCUCUCCUGCACGCGUGCUCACCUGCUCUCCUGCACGCGUGCUCACCUGCUCUCCUGCACGCGUGCUCACCUGCUCUCCUGCACGCGUGCUCACCUGCUCUCCUGCACGCGUGCUCACCUGCUCUCCUGCACGCGUGCUCACCUGCUCUCCUGCACGCGUGCUCACCUGCUCUCCUACACGCGUGCUCACCUGCUCUCCUACACGCGUGCUCACCUGCUCUCCUACACGCGUGCUCACCUGCUCUCCUACACGCGUGCUCACCUGCUCUCCUACACGCGUGCUCACCUGCUCUCCUGCACGCGUGCUCACCUGCUCUCCUGCACGCGUGCUCACCUGCUCUCCUACACGCGUGCUCACCUGCUCUCCUACACGCGUGCUCACCUGCUCUCCUACACGCGUGCUCACCUGCUCUCCUACACGCGUGCUCACCUGCUCUCCUACACGCGUGCUCACCUGCUCUCCUACACGCGUGCUCACCUGCUCUCCUGCACGCGUGCUCACCUGCUCUCCUGCACGCGUGCUCACCUGCUCUCCUACACGCGUGCUCACCUGCUCUCCUACACGCGUGCUCACCUGCUCUCCUGCACGCGUGCUCACCUGCUCUCCUGCACGCGUGCUCACCUGCUCUCCUGCACGCGUGCUCACCUGCUCUCCUGCACGCGUGCUCACCUGCUCUCCUGCACGCGUGCUCACCUGCUCUCCUACACGCGUGCUCACCUGCUCUCCUACACGCGUGCUCACCUGCUCUCCUACACGCGUGCUCACCUGCUCUCCUACACGCGUGCUCACCUGCUCUCCUACACGCGUGCUCACCUGCUCUCCUACACGCGUGCUCACCUGCUCUCCUACACGCGUGCUCACCUGCUCUCCUACACGCGUGCUCACCUGCUCUCCUGCACGCGUGCUCACCUGCUCUCCUGCACGCGUGCUCACCUGCUCUCCUGCACGCGUGCUCACCUGCUCUCCUGCACGCGUGCUCACCUGCUCUCCUGCACGCGUGCUCACCUGCUCUCCUACACGCGUGCUCACCUGCUCUCCUACACGCGUGCUCACCUGCUCUCCUACACGCGUGCUCACCUGCUCUCCUACACGCGUGCUCACCUGCUCUCCUACACGCGUGCUCACCUGCUCUCCUACACGCGUGCUCACCUGCUCUCCUACACGCGUGCUCACCUGCUCUCCUACACGCCACGCGUGCUCACCUGCUCUCCUGCACGCGUGCUCACCUGCUCUCCUGCACGCGUGCUCACCUGCUCUCCUGCACGCGUGCUCACCUGCUCUCCUGCACGCGUGCUCACCUGCUCUCCUACACGCGUGCUCACCUGCUCUCCUACACGCGUGCUCACCUGCUCUCCUACACGCGUGCUCACCUGCUCUCCUACACGCGUGCUCACCUGCUCUCCUACACGCGUGCUCACCUGCUCUCCUACACGCGUGCUCACCUGCUCUCCUACACGCGUGCUCACCUGCUCUCCUACACGCGUGCUCACCUGCUCUCCUACACGCGUGCUCACCUGCUCUCCUGCACGCGUGCUCACCUGCUCUCCUGCACGCGUGCUCACCUGCUCUCCUGCACGCGUGCUCACCUGCUCUCCUGCACGCGUGCUCACCUGCUCUCCUGCACGCGUGCUCACCUGCUCUCCUACACGCGUGCUCACCUGCUCUCCUACACGCGUGCUCACCUGCUCUCCUACACGCGUGCUCACCUGCUCUCCUACACGCGUGCUCACCUGCUCUCCUACACGCGUGCUCACCUGCUCUCCUACACGCGUGCUCACCUGCUCUCCUACACGCGUGCUCACCUGCUCUCCUACACGCGUGCUCACCUGCUCUCCUACACGCGUGCUCACCUGCUCUCCUACACGCGUGCUCACCUGCUCUCCUACACGCGUGCUCACCUGCUCUCCUACACGCGUGCUCACCUGCUCUCCUACACGCGUGCUCACCUGCUCUCCUACACGCGUGCUCACCUGCUCUCCUACACGCGUGCUCACCUGCUCUCCUACACGCGUGCUCACCUGCUCUCCUACACGCGUGCUCACCUGCUCUCCUACACGCGUGCUCACCUGCUCUCCUACACGCGUGCUCACCUGCUCUCCUACACGCGUGCUCACCUGCUCUCCUACACGCGUGCUCACCUGCUCUCCUACACGCGUGCUCACCUGCUCUCCUACACGCGUGCUCACCUGCUCUCCUACACGCGUGCUCACCUGCUCUCCUACACGCGUGCUCACCUGCUCUCCUACACGCGUGCUCACCUGCUCUCCUACACGCGUGCUCACCUGCUCUCCUACACGCGUGCUCACCUGCUCUCCUACACGCGUGCUCACCUGCUCUCCUACACGCGUGCUCACCUGCUCUCCUACACGCGUGCUCACCUGCUCUCCUACACGCGUGCUCACCUGCUCUCCUACACGCGUGCUCACCUGCUCUCCUACACGCGUGCUCACCUGCUCUCCUACACGCGUGCUCACCUGCUCUCCUACACGCGUGCUCACCUGCUCUCCUACACGCGUGCUCACCUGCUCUCCUACACGCGUGCUCACCUGCUCUCCUACACGCGUGCUCACCUGCUCUCCUACACGCGUGCUCACCUGCUCUCCUACACGCGUGCUCACCUGCUCUCCUACACGCGUGCUCACCUGCUCUCCUACACGCGUGCUCACCUGCUCUCCUACACGCGUGCUCACCUGCUCUCCUACACGCGUGCUCACCUGCUCUCCUACACGCGUGCUCACCCGUGCUCACCUGCUCUCCUACACGCGUGCUCACCUGCUCUCCUACACGCGUGCUCACCUGCUCUCCUACACGCGUGCUCACCUGCUCUCCUACACGCGUGCUCACCUGCUCUCCUACACGCGUGCUCACCUGCUCUCCUACACGCGUGCUCACCUGCUCUCCUGCACGCGUGCUCACCUGCUCUCCUGCACGCGUGCUCACCUGCUCUCCUACACGCGUGCUCACCUGCUCUCCUACACGCGUGCUCACCUGCUCUCCUACACGCGUGCUCACCUGCUCUCCUACACGCGUGCUCACCUGCUCUCCUACACGCGUGCUCACCUGCUCUCCUACACGCGUGCUCACCUGCUCUCCUACACGCGUGCUCACCUGCUCUCCUACACGCGUGCUCACCUGCUCUCCUACACGCGUGCUCACCUGCUCUCCUACACGCGUGCUCACCUGCUCUCCUACACGCGUGCUCACCUGCUCUCCUACACGCGUGCUCACCUGCUCUCCUACACGCGUGCUCACCUGCUCUCCUACACGCGUGCUCACCUGCUCUCCUACACGCGUGCUCACCUGCUCUCCUACACGCGUGCUCACCUGCUCUCCUACACGCGUGCUCACCUGCUCUCCUACACGCGUGCUCACCUGCUCUCCUACACGCGUGCUCACCUGCUCUCCUACACGCGUGCUCACCUGCUCUCCUACACGCGUGCUCACCUGCUCUCCUACACGCGUGCUCACCUGCUCUCCUACACGCGUGCUCACCUGCUCUCCUACACGCGUGCUCACCUGCUCUCCUACACGCGUGCUCACCUGCUCUCCUACACGCGUGCUCACCUGCUCUCCUACACGCGUGCUCACCUGCUCUCCUACACGCGUGCUCACCUGCUCUCCUACACGCGUGCUCACCUGCUCUCCUACACGCGUGCUCACCUGCUCUCCUACACGCGUGCUCACCUGCUCUCCUACACGCGUGCUCACCUGCUCUCCUACACGCGUGCUCACCUGCUCUCCUACACGCGUGCUCACCUGCUCUCCUACACGCGUGCUCACCUGCUCUCCUACACGCGUGCUCACCUGCUCUCCUACACGCGUGCUCACCUGCUCUCCUACACGCGUGCUCACCUGCUCUCCUACACGCGUGCUCACCUGCUCUCCUACACGCGUGCUCACCUGCUCUCCUACACGCGUGCUCACCUGCUCUCCUACACGCGUGCUCACCUGCUCUCCUACACGCGUGCUCACCUGCUCUCCUGCACGCGUGCUCACCUGCUCUCCUGCACGCGUGCUCACCUGCUCUCCUGCACGCGUGCUCACCUGCUCUCCUGCACGCGUGCUCACCUGCUCUCCUGCACGCGUGCUCACCUGCUCUCCUGCACGCGUGCUCACCUGCUCUCCUGCACGCGUGCUCACCUGCUCUCCUACACGCGUGCUCACCUGCUCUCCUACACGCGUGCUCACCUGCUCUCCUACACGCGUGCUCACCUGCUCUCCUACACGCGUGCUCACCUGCUCUCCUACACGCGUGCUCACCUGCUCUCCUACACGCGUGCUCACCUGCUCUCCUACACGCGUGCUCACCUGCUCUCCUGCACGCGUGCUCACCUGCUCUCCUGCACGCGUGCUCACCUGCUCUCCUGCACGCGUGCUCACCUGCUCUCCUGCACGCGUGCUCACCUGCUCUCCUACACGCGUGCUCACCUGCUCUCCUACACGCGUGCUCACCUGCUCUCCUACACGCGUGCUCACCUGCUCUCCUACACGCGUGCUCACCUGCUCUCCUACACGCGUGCUCACCUGCUCUCCUACACGCGUGCUCACCUGCUCUCCUACACGCGUGCUCACCUGCUCUCCUACACGCGUGCUCACCUGCUCUCCUACACGCGUGCUCACCUGCUCUCCUACACGCGUGCUCACCUGCUCUCCUACACGCGUGCUCACCUGCUCUCCUACACGCGUGCUCACCUGCUCUCCUACACGCGUGCUCACCUGCUCUCCUACACGCGUGCUCACCUGCUCUCCUACACGCGUGCUCACCUGCUCUCCUACACGCGUGCUCACCUGCUCUCCUACACGCGUGCUCACCUGCUCUCCUACACGCGUGCUCACCUGCUCUCCUACACGCGUGCUCACCUGCUCUCCUACACGCGUGCUCACCUGCUCUCCUACACGCGUGCUCACCUGCUCUCCUACACGCGUGCUCACCUGCUCUCCUACACGCGUGCUCACCUGCUCUCCUACACGCGUGCUCACCUGCUCUCCUACACGCGUGCUCACCUGCUCUCCUACACGCGUGCUCACCUGCUCUCCUACACGCGUGCUCACCUGCUCUCCUACACGCGUGCUCACCUGCUCUCCUACACGCGUGCUCACCUGCUCUCCUACACGCGUGCUCACCUGCUCUCCUACACGCGUGCUCACCUGCUCUCCUACACGCGUGCUCACCUGCUCUCCUGCACGCGUGCUCACCUGCUCUCCUGCACGCGUGCUCACCUGCUCUCCUGCACGCGUGCUCACCUGCUCUCCUGCACGCGUGCUCACCUGCUCUCCUGCACGCGUGCUCACCUGCUCUCCUGCACGCGUGCUCACCUGCUCUCCUGCACGCGUGCUCACCUGCUCUCCUACACGCGUGCUCACCUGCUCUCCUACACGCGUGCUCACCUGCUCUCCUACACGCGUGCUCACCUGCUCUCCUACACGCGUGCUCACCUGCUCUCCUACACGCGUGCUCACCUGCUCUCCUACACGCGUGCUCACCUGCUCUCCUACACGCGUGCUCACCUGCUCUCCUGCACGCGUGCUCACCUGCUCUCCUGCACGCGUGCUCACCUGCUCUCCUGCACGCGUGCUCACCUGCUCUCCUGCACGCGUGCUCACCUGCUCUCCUGCACGCGUGCUCACCUGCUCUCCUGCACGCGUGCUCACCUGCUCUCCUACACGCGUGCUCACCUGCUCUCCUACACGCGUGCUCACCUGCUCUCCUACACGCGUGCUCACCUGCUCUCCUACACGCGUGCUCACCUGCUCUCCUACACGCGUGCUCACCUGCUCUCCUACACGCGUGCUCACCUGCUCUCCUGCACGCGUGCUCACCUGCUCUCCUGCACGCGUGCUCACCUGCUCUCCUGCACGCGUGCUCACCUGCUCUCCUGCACGCGUGCUCACCUGCUCUCCUGCACGCGUGCUCACCUGCUCUCCUACACGCGUGCUCACCUGCUCUCCUGCACGCGUGCUCACCUGCUCUCCUACACGCGUGCUCACCUGCUCUCCUACACGCGUGCUCACCUGCUCUCCUACACGCGUGCUCACCUGCUCUCCUACACGCGUGCUCACCUGCUCUCCUGCACGCGUGCUCACCUGCUCUCCUGCACGCGUGCUCACCUGCUCUCCUGCACGCAUGCUCACCUGCUCUCCUGCACGCGUGCUCACCUGCUCUCCUGCACGCGUGCUCACCUGCUCUCCUACACGCGUGCUCACCUGCUCUCCUACACGCGUGCUCACCUGCUCUCCUACACGCGUGCUCACCUGCUCUCCUACACGCGUGCUCACCUGCUCUCCUGCACGCGUGCUCACCUGCUCUCCUGCACGCGUGCUCACCUGCUCUCCUGCACGCGUGCUCGCCUGCUCUCCUACACGCGUGCUCACCUGCUCUCCUACACGCGUGCUCACCUGCUUUCCUACACGCGUGCUCACCUGCUCUCCUACACGCGUGCUCACCUGCUCUCCUACACGCGUGCUCACCUGCUCUCCUACACGCGUGCUCACCUGCUCUCCUACACGCGUGCUCACCUGCUCUCCUACACGCGUGCUCACCUGCUCUCCUACACGCGUGCUCACCUGCUCUCCUACACGCGUGCUCACCUGCUCUCCUACACGCGUGCUCACCUGCUCUCCUACACGCGUGCUCACCUGCUCUCCUGCACGCGUGCUCACCUGCUCUCCUGCACGCGUGCUCACCUGCUCUCCUGCACGCGUGCUCACCUGCUCUCCUGCACGCGUGCUCACCUGCUCUCCUGCACGCGUGCUCACCUGCUCUCCUGCACGCGUGCUCACCUGCUCUCCUACACGCGUGCUCACCUGCUCUCCUACACGCGUGCUCACCUGCUCUCCUACACGCGUGCUCACCUGCUCUCCUACACGCGUGCUCACCUGCUCUCCUACACGCGUGCUCACCUGCUCUCCUACACGCGUGCUCACCUGCUCUCCUACACGCGUGCUCACCUGCUCUCCUGCACGCGUGCUCACCUGCUCUCCUGCACGCGUGCUCACCUGCUCUCCUGCACGCGUGCUCACCUGCUCUCCUGCACGCGUGCUCACCUGCUCUCCUGCACGCGUGCUCACCUGCUCUCCUGCACGCGUGCUCACCUGCUCUCCUACACGCGUGCUCACCUGCUCUCCUACACGCGUGCUCACCUGCUCUCCUACACGCGUGCUCACCUGCUCUCCUACACGCGUGCUCACCUGCUCUCCUACACGCGUGCUCACCUGCUCUCCUACACGCGUGCUCACCUGCUCUCCUGCACGCGUGCUCACCUGCUCUCCUGCACGCGUGCUCACCUGCUCUCCUGCACGCGUGCUCACCUGCUCUCCUGCACGCGUGCUCACCUGCUCUCCUGCACGCGUGCUCACCUGCUCUCCUACACGCGUGCUCACCUGCUCUCCUGCACGCGUGCUCACCUGCUCUCCUACACGCGUGCUCACCUGCUCUCCUACACGCGUGCUCACCUGCUCUCCUACACGCGUGCUCACCUGCUCUCCUACACGCGUGCUCACCUGCUCUCCUGCACGCGUGCUCACCUGCUCUCCUGCACGCGUGCUCACCUGCUCUCCUGCACGCGUGCUCACCUGCUCUCCUGCACGCGUGCUCACCUGCUCUCCUGCACGCGUGCUCACCUGCUCUCCUACACGCGUGCUCACCUGCUCUCCUACACGCGUGCUCACCUGCUCUCCUACACGCGUGCUCACCUGCUCUCCUGCACGCGUGCUCACCUGCUCUCCUGCACGCGUGCUCACCUGCUCUCCUGCACGCGUGCUCACCUGCUCUCCUGCACGCGUGCUCACCUGCUCUCCUGCACGCGUGCUCACCUGCUCUCCUGCACGCGUGCUCACCUGCUCUCCUGCACGCGUGCUCACCUGCUCUCCUGCACGCGUGCUCACCUGCUCUCCUGCACGCGUGCUCACCUGCUCUCCUGCACGCGUGCUCACCUGCUCUCCUACACGCGUGCUCACCUGCUCUCCUGCACGCGUGCUCACCUGCUCUCCUGCACGCGUGCUCACCUGCUCUCCUGCACGCGUGCUCACCUGCUCUCCUGCACGCGUGCUCACCUGCUCUCCUGCACGCGUGCUCACCUGCUCUCCUGCACGCGUGCUCACCUGCUCUCCUGCACGCGUGCUCACCUGCUCUCCUACACGCGUGCUCACCUGCUCUCCUACACGCGUGCUCACCUGCUCUCCUACACGCGUGCUCACCUGCUCUCCUACACGCGUGCUCACCUGCUCUCCUACACGCGUGCUCACCUGCUCUCCUACACGCGUGCUCACCUGCUCUCCUACACGCGUGCUCACCUGCUCUCCUACACGCGUGCUCACCUGCUCUCCUACACGCGUGCUCACCUGCUCUCCUGCACGCGUGCUCACCUGCUCUCCUGCACGCGUGCUCACCUGCUCUCCUGCACGCGUGCUCACCUGCUCUCCUGCACGCGUGCUCACCUGCUCUCCUGCACGCGUGCUCACCUGCUCUCCUGCACGCGUGCUCACCUGCUCUCCUGCACGCGUGCUCACCUGCUCUCCUGCACGCGUGCUCACCUGCUCUCCUGCACGCGUGCUCACCUGCUCUCCUGCACGCGUGCUCACCUGCUCUCCUACACGCGUGCUCACCUGCUCUCCUACACGCGUGCUCACCUGCUCUCCUGCACGCGUGCUCACCUGCUCUCCUACACGCGUGCUCACCUGCUCUCCUGCACGCGUGCUCACCUGCUCUCCUACACGCGUGCUCACCUGCUCUCCUGCACGCGUGCUCACCUGCUCUCCUACACGCGUGCUCACCUGCUCUCCUACACGCGUGCUCACCUGCUCUCCUACACGCGUGCUCACCUGCUCUCCUACACGCGUGCUCACCUGCUCUCCUACACGCGUGCUCACCUGCUCUCCUACACGCGUGCUCACCUGCUCUCCUACACGCGUGCUCACCUGCUCUCCUACACGCGUGCUCACCUGCUCUCCUACACGCGUGCUCACCUGCUCUCCUACACGCGUGCUCACCUGCUCUCCUACACGCGUGCUCACCUGCUCUCCUACACGCGUGCUCACCUGCUCUCCUACACGCGUGCUCACCUGCUCUCCUACACGCGUGCUCACCUGCUCUCCUACACGCGUGCUCACCUGCUCUCCUACACGCGUGCUCACCUGCUCUCCUACACGCGUGCUCACCUGCUCUCCUACACGCGUGCUCACCUGCUCUCCUACACGCGUGCUCACCUGCUCUCCUACACGCGUGCUCACCUGCUCUCCUACACGCGUGCUCACCUGCUCUCCUACACGCGUGCUCACCUGCUCUCCUACACGCGUGCUCACCUGCUCUCCUACACGCGUGCUCACCUGCUCUCCUACACGCGUGCUCACCUGCUCUCCUACACGCGUGCUCACCUGCUCUCCUACACGCGUGCUCACCUGCUCUCCUACACGCGUGCUCACCUGCUCUCCUACACGCGUGCUCACCUGCUCUCCUACACGCGUGCUCACCUGCUCUCCUACACGCGUGCUCACCUGCUCUCCUACACGCGUGCUCACCUGCUCUCCUACACGCGUGCUCACCUGCUCUCCUACACGCGUGCUCACCUGCUCUCCUACACGCGUGCUCACCUGCUCUCCUACACGCGUGCUCACCUGCUCUCCUACACGCGUGCUCACCUGCUCUCCUACACGCGUGCUCACCUGCUCUCCUACACGCGUGCUCACCUGCUCUCCUACACGCGUGCUCACCUGCUCUCCUACACGCGUGCUCUUCCUGCUCUCCUACACGCGUGCUCACCUGCUCUCCUACACGCGUGCUCACCUGCUCUCCUACACGCGUGCUCACCUGCUCUCCUACACGCGUGCUCACCUGCUCUCCUACACGCGUGCUCACCUGCUCUCCUGCACGCGUGCUCACCUGCUCUCCUGCACGCGUGCUCACCUGCUCUCCUGCACGCGUGCUCACCUGCUCUCCUACACGCGUGCUCACCUGCUCUCCUGCACGCGUGCUCACCUGCUCUCCUACACGCGUGCUCACCUGCUCUCCUACACGCGUGCUCACCUGCUCUCCUACACGCGUGCUCACCUGCUCUCCUACACGCGUGCUCACCUGCUCUCCUGCACGCGUGCUCACCUGCUCUCCUGCACGCGUGCUCACCUGCUCUCCUGCACGCGUGCUCACCUGCUCUCCUGCACGCGUGCUCACCUGCUCUCCUGCACGCGUGCUCACCUGCUCUCCUACACGCGUGCUCACCUGCUCUCCUACACGCGUGCUCACCUGCUCUCCUACACGCGUGCUCACCUGCUCUCCUACACGCGUGCUCACCUGCUCUCCUGCACGCGUGCUCACCUGCUCUCCUGCACGCGUGCUCACCUGCUCUCCUACACGCGUGCUCACCUGCUCUCCUGCACGCGUGCUCACCUGCUCUCCUGCACGCGUGCUCACCUGCUCUCCUGCACGCGUGCUCACCUGCUCUCCUGCACGCGUGCUCACCUGCUCUCCUGCACGCGUGCUCACCUGCUCUCCUGCACGCGUGCUCACCUGCUCUCCUACACGCGUGCUCACCUGCUCUCCUACACGCGUGCUCACCUGCUCUCCUGCACGCGUGCUCACCUGCUCUCCUGCACGCGUGCUCACCUGCUCUCCUGCACGCGUGCUCACCUGCUCUCCUGCACGCGUGCUCACCUGCUCUCCUGCACGCGUGCUCACCUGCUCUCCUACACGCGUGCUCACCUGCUCUCCUGCACGCGUGCUCACCUGCUCUCCUACACGCGUGCUCACCUGCUCUCCUACACGCGUGCUCACCUGCUCUCCUACACGCGUGCUCACCUGCUCUCCUGCACGCGUGCUCACCUGCUCUCCUGCACGCGUGCUCACCUGCUCUCCUGCACGCGUGCUCACCUGCUCUCCUGCACGCGUGCUCACCUGCUCUCCUGCACGCGUGCUCACCUGCUCUCCUGCACGCGUGCUCACCUGCUCUCCUGCACGCGUGCUCACCUGCUCUCCUGCACGCGUGCUCACCUGCUCUCCUACACGCGUGCUCACCUGCUCUCCUACACGCGUGCUCACCUGCUCUCCUGCACGCGUGCUCACCUGCUCUCCUGCACGCGUGCUCACCUGCUCUCCUGCACGCGUGCUCACCUGCUCUCCUGCACGCGUGCUCACCUGCUCUCCUGCACGCGUGCUCACCUGCUCUCCUACACGCGUGCUCACCUGCUCUCCUGCACGCGUGCUCACCUGCUCUCCUACACGCGUGCUCACCUGCUCUCCUACACGCGUGCUCACCUGCUCUCCUACACGCGUGCUCACCUGCUCUCCUACACGCGUGCUCACCUGCUCUCCUACACGCGUGCUCACCUGCUCUCCUACACGCGUGCUCACCUGCUCUCCUACACGCGUGCUCACCUGCUCUCCUACACGCGUGCUCACCUGCUCUCCUACACGCGUGCUCACCUGCUCUCCUACACGCGUGCUCACCUGCUCUCCUACACGCGUGCUCACCUGCUCUCCUACACGCGUGCUCACCUGCUCUCCUACACGCGUGCUCACCUGCUCUCCUACACGCGUGCUCACCUGCUCUCCUGCACGCGUGCUCACCUGCUCUCCUACACGCGUGCUCACCUGCUCUCCUACACGCGUGCUCACCUGCUCUCCUACACGCGUGCUCACCUGCUCUCCUACACGCGUGCUCACCUGCUCUCCUACACGCGUGCUCACCUGCUCUCCUACACGCGUGCUCACCUGCUCUCCUACACGCGUGCUCACCUGCUCUCCUACACGCGUGCUCACCUGCUCUCCUACACGCGUGCUCACCUGCUCUCCUACACGCGUGCUCACCUGCUCUCCUACACGCGUGCUCACCUGCUCUCCUACACGCGUGCUCACCUGCUCUCCUACACGCGUGCUCACCUGCUCUCCUACACGCGUGCUCACCUGCUCUCCUGCACGCGUGCUCACCUGCUCUCCUGCACGCGUGCUCACCUGCUCUCCUGCACGCGUGCUCACCUGCUCUCCUACCGCUCACUGCUCCUACACGCGUGCUCACCUGCUCUCCUGCACGCGUGCUCACCUGCUCUCCUGCACGCGUGCUCACCUGCUCUCCUACACGCGUGCUCACCUGCUCUCCUACACGCGUGCUCACCUGCUCUCCUGCACGCGUGCUCACCUGCUCUCCUGCACGCGUGCUCACCUGCUCUCCUGCACGCGUGCUCACCUGCUCUCCUGCACGCGUGCUCACCUGCUCUCCUGCACGCGUGCUCACCUGCUCUCCUGCACGCGUGCUCACCUGCUCUCCUACACGCGUGCUCACCUGCUCUCCUACACGCGUGCUCACCUGCUCUCCUGCACGCGUGCUCACCUGCUCUCCUGCACGCGUGCUCACCUGCUCUCCUGCACGCGUGCUCACCUGCUCUCCUGCACGCGUGCUCACCUGCUCUCCUGCACGCGUGCUCACCUGCUCUCCUACACGCGUGCUCACCUGCUCUCCUGCACGCGUGCUCACCUGCUCUCCUGCACGCGUGCUCACCUGCUCUCCUGCACGCGUGCUCACCUGCUCUCCUGCACGCGUGCUCACCUGCUCUCCUGCACGCGUGCUCACCUGCUCUCCUGCACGCGUGCUCACCUGCUCUCCUACACGCGUGCUCACCUGCUCUCCUACACGCGUGCUCACCUGCUCUCCUGCACGCGUGCUCACCUGCUCUCCUGCACGCGUGCUCACCUGCUCUCCUACACGCGUGCUCACCUGCUCUCCUACACGCGUGCUCACCUGCUCUCCUACACGCGUGCUCACCUGCUCUCCUACACGCGUGCUCACCUGCUCUCCUACACGCGUGCUCACCUGCUCUCCUACCUGCUCUCCUACACGCGUGCUCACCUGCUCUCCUACACGCGUGCUCACCUGCUCUCCUACACGCGUGCUCACCUGCUCUCCUACACGCGUGCUCACCUGCUCUCCUACACGCGUGCUCACCUGCUCUCCUACACGCGUGCUCACCUGCUCUCCUACACGCGUGCUCACCUGCUCUCCUACACGCGUGCUCACCUGCUCUCCUACACGCGUGCUCACCUGCUCUCCUACACGCGUGCUCACCUGCUCUCCUACACGCGUGCUCACCUGCUCUCCUACACGCGUGCUCACCUGCUCUCCUACACGCGUGCUCACCUGCUCUCCUACACGCGUGCUCACCUGCUCUCCUACACGCGUGCUCACCUGCUCUCCUACACGCGUGCUCACCUGCUCUCCUACACGCGUGCUCACCUGCUCUCCUACACGCGUGCUCACCUGCUCUCCUACACGCGUGCUCACCUGCUCUCCUACACGCGUGCUCACCUGCUCUCCUACACGCGUGCUCACCUGCUCUCCUACACGCGUGCUCACCUGCUCUCCUACACGCGUGCUCACCUGCUCUCCUACACGCGUGCUCACCUGCUCUCCUACACGCGUGCUCACCUGCUCUCCUACACGCGUGCUCACCUGCUCUCCUACACGCGUGCUCACCUGCUCUCCUACACGCGUGCUCACCUGCUCUCCUACACGCGUGCUCACCUGCUCUCCUACACGCGUGCUCACCUGCUCUCCUACACGCGUGCUCACCUGCUCUCCUACACGCGUGCUCACCUGCUCUCCUACACGCGUGCUCACCUGCUCUCCUACACGCGUGCUCACCUGCUCUCCUACACGCGUGCUCACCUGCUCUCCUACACGCGUGCUCACCUGCUCUCCUACACGCGUGCUCACCUGCUCUCCUACACGCGUGCUCACCUGCUCUCCUACACGCGUGCUCACCUGCUCUCCUACACGCGUGCUCACCUGCUCUCCUACACGCGUGCUCACCUGCUCUCCUACACGCGUGCCUCACCUGCUCUCCUACACGCGUGCUCACCUGCUCUCCUACACGCGUGCUCACCUGCUCUCCUACACGCGUGCUCACCUGCUCUCCUACACGCGUGCUCACCUGCUCUCCUACACGCGUGCUCACCUGCUCUCCUACACGCGUGCUCACCUGCUCUCCUACACGCGUGCUCACCUGCUCUCCUACACGCGUGCUCACCUGCUCUCCUACACGCGUGCUCACCUGCUCUCCUACACGCGUGCUCACCUGCUCUCCUACACGCGUGCUCACCUGCUCUCCUACACGCGUGCUCACCUGCUCUCCUACACGCGUGCUCACCUGCUCUCCUACACGCGUGCUCACCUGCUCUCCUACACGCGUGCUCACCUGCUCUCCUACACGCGUGCUCACCUGCUCUCCUACACGCGUGCUCACCUGCUCUCCUACACGCGUGCUCACCUGCUCUCCUACACGCGUGCUCACCUGCUCUCCUACACGCGUGCUCACCUGCUCUCCUACACGCGUGCUCACCUGCUCUCCUACACGCGUGCUCACCUGCUCUCCUACACGCGUGCUCACCUGCUCUCCUACACGCGUGCUCACCUGCUCUCCUACACGCGUGCUCACCUGCUCUCCUACACGCGUGCUCACCUGCUCUCCUACACGCGUGCUCACCUGCUCUCCUACACGCGUGCUCACCUGCUCUCCUACACGCGUGCUCACCUGCUCUCCUACACGCGUGCUCACCUGCUCUCCUACACGCGUGCUCACCUGCUCUCCUACACGCGUGCUCACCUGCUCUCCUACACGCGUGCUCACCUGCUCUCCUACACGCGUGCUCACCUGCUCUCCUACACGCGUGCUCACCUGCUCUCCUACACGCAAGCCCCACCUGAGCGCGGAUCCAACAUGGGGGUGGCUGCUGCUGCUGCUGCUGCUGCUGCUGCUGCUGCUGCUGCUGUUGCGCGUUGCAUGCCUGCCUGCCUUCCAUCGUAUCGUGCCCUCCUCUCUCCCUCCUCUCAGGUGGAGCGCAUUUUGGACCCGGAGCUAACUGCGUACGCCAUCUUGGAGGUGACGCCUGCUGCUGCUUGUUGCAUGCCUGCCUGCCCUCCAUCAUGCCCUUCCCCUCCUUAUCCCCCCCCCCAGGUGGAGCGCAUUCUCGACCCAGAGCUGACUGCGUACGCUAUCUUGGGGGUAACGCCUGCUGCGGGCGACAGCGAGAUUAAGAAGCGCUACUGGAAAGCGUCGCUGCUGGUGCAUCCGGACAAGUGCAGCCACCAGCGAGCGCAGGAGGCGUUUCUGCCUCCUACCUCCUACUACUGGAAAGCAUCGCUGCUGGUGCAUCCGGACAAGUGCAGCCACCCGCGCGCGCAGGAGGCGUUUCUGCGGCUGAACGACGCCGUGAACCGACUCAAGGACCCCAGUAAGCCCAGCCUCUAUGCAGUGCUUUCUGGAGGUGAGGGGCAUCGAUCCCCUUACCUAUCGCAUGCAAAGCGAUCGCUCUACCAUAGAUCGGUGGUGGAUGCGGAGAUUGCAGCCAGGGAGGAGCGCAAAGAAAUGGAGGUGAGGGGCUACGGGGCAUUGCAUGGCAUGUGCGUGCAUGGCUGUGUAUGGCUGUGCGUGCAGAGAUCGGUGGUGGAUGCGGAGAUUGCAGCCAGGGAUGAGCGCAAGGCCAUGCAGGUGAGAGGGCAUGGGGGAAUGGAGGGGUUUCCUGGUAAAAUAAGCGGGAUUGGUGGGAUUGGUGGCAAGCUCUCUCGUAUGCCGGUCUCCCUCUGCCUCUCUGUUCUUCUCCACGCCCCUCCUCUGCACCCUCUUUCCUUCUGUCAUCAUGUCUCCAUGAGAAAACUCGAGUGGCGCAAGCUCAGAGUGGCGCAAGCUCAGAGUGGCGCAAGCUCAGAGUGGCCUCAUUUCCUCUGCCCUUCUAGUGCUCCCAUUCCAGUCCCUCUCUCACCACUCUCCAUGCUCCCCCCCCACAACCUCUCAGGCGGAGCUAAAGGCGUUGAGGGAGGCAGCAGAGUGGCGCAAGCUCAGAGGCAGUUGAGUGGCGCAAGCUCAGAGGUGGGUGGGGGGGGUAGGGAGAGGGAAAGGGUUAGGAGGGAGGAGGGAAGGGGAGACGAAAAUGGGAGGAGGGGAGAACGGCGGGACAGGUUCUCCCCCACCCCUUCAGGCGGAGCUAUGGUUGCUGAGGGAGGCGGCAAAGUGGUGCAAGCUCAGAGGUGGGUGGGUGGUGGGGGAGAGAGGGGAAGGGGUUUGGGGAGGGACUGGCGCAAGCUCAGAGGCGAGGCUCUGCCCGGGGAUGACGAGCUGCUGGGGACAGUGAGGAGGGAGGGAGUGGAGCGCGAGACAUGGAUGACAGAGCUGCCCCCCGAACGACAGGCGGGCCCGCCAGCUCAGACCAACACAUUCUUCAGUCGCAGUGACAAGGUGGGGCGGGGCGACACGUCAGCAUGGACCGACAACCCCGAGCAGCGAGCUGCCAGGGCCAAGCAACAGUACCUCGAGGCCUAUUCCUCUGCUGCCAAUGCGCUGGAAGGCCCUUCUGCUGACUCAGCCGCCACCCUGCAGUCACUACAGGACAAGCGCACGGCGGCACUACGAGUUCUCAUUGUGGAGAAGUUUUAUAGCAGGGAAGAAAGCUGA